AUGGUUCGACUCGGGCUUUCUCUGCUAGCGGCAUGCUCGACCCUGCUGGGUAUCAGUACUGCUGCGUUCAGCGCCGAGGAAUAUGAGUCCGGGGCUGCCCAUGCUCACAUCAUGGGUAUCAAAAUGGCUCAAUGGGAAGCCGAGAUGGAAUCAGGCGCCAUGGAUAGCUCCAAGUAUCCCGAGCUCGGCUACACUCCCUGUGAGAACGGAUUCGUCGCCGGUGUGCCUGGAGACUUCAACAAUACUUUCCAGUGCAACAACAUUGACCUGUACCAUUUCCUGCCGCACUCCAUGCUCGGUAGCAACUCCAGUCGCGGCUCGUCGAUGUGGGGUUGGACCUCUGAAUGCGGCAGAGAAUUUGUCGCUAUCGGACAGUAUGAUGGUACUGCGUUUGCCGAGAUCCUUCCAGAGGGCAAGAUUUCGUAUCUUGGACGUCUGCCGCCGUAUGAUGGUGUGGGCUCCAACUGGCGGGAGAUUCGCAUCCUUCGUGACUAUGCUGUCAUCGGGUCUGAAGCCAUCCACCAUGGAGUUGCAUUCUUUGACAUGAAGAAACUGCUCGACCUCGAUCCGGCCACGCCAAAGAACUUCACACAAGAUGACCUCACCGCUCACUGGGACGAGCUGCCAGUUGGACGGACUCACAACAUCGUCGUGAACAACGAGCUGAACUAUGCGAUUGCCUGCGGAUCCGUUGGUGGCAACGAAACCGUCCGAGUUCGAGCAGCAGAUCUCCCAUGCAAAGGUGGACUCAUCUUCCUCGACACAACUGAUCCGGAGAACGUCUUCAGUCCGGGAUGUGCUGCGGGUGACGGCUACGUUCACGACGCUGAGUGUCUCGUCUAUCGAGGUCCUGAUGAGCGUUACUUCGGUCGUGACAUCUGCUAUGCCUACAAUGAAGACUCCCUCACCAUCUACGACGUCACCGACAAAACCGGUAACGUCACAAACAUCAUCUCCCGAACAUCCUACCCCGGCGUCGAAUACGCUCACCAAGGCGCCGUCAACAACGCAACCUGGCAAGAAUACCUCUUCCUCGACGAUGAGUUCGACGAGCGCGAUGCCAAAGUCGGUCCCAUGACCCAAGGCCUGCCCACAACCCACAUCCUCGACAUCCGCGACCUCGAAAAUCCGCACUACGCCGGCCACUUCGCGGGACGCAAACGUUCCAUCGACCACAACCAGUACGUCUACGACAACUACCUCUACCAAUCCAACUACGGCAACGGCCUCAAUGUCUGGGAUAUCAGCUCUGUGACAUCCGAUCCGUCUGGCAAUAGCGUCUGCGAGGCGGGAUUCCUGGACAUCUAUCCUGAAGACGACGAGGCCGAAGGUGGUGGUAUCGUGCAGUUCGCGGGAUCCUGGCACUCCUAUGCUGGCUUCAAGUCUGGGUUCAUCUUCGUACAUACCAUCGAGCGCGGCUCUUUUCUGGUCAAGAUGAAGAGUAAGGAGUGUCCAAAGCCGGCGGUGUGCGAGUCGGAUCAGUGUUUGGUGUCGAUGCGAGCGAGUAGUAUUGAAGGACGGCUGGAGCAGAGUAGCGAGUUUUGUGCGAGUUGGAUGCUGAGGCAGAGGGAUGAGGAGGGAUUGAUCCCGGAGUACGCUAAGGAGGGUUGUGGGAGUGGGGAUGUUGUUGCGGCGGUUAGUAGUGCUUGUGCUUGUGUGCCGACUCCUGCGGUGCCGGAGUUGCCCAGGACUACGACGAGAGGGCCGGUGCCGACUGUUCUGCCGCAGUAG